AUGGAUAUUCAUGUUCUUCAAAGCCAGCCCGCCCAGAAGGUCGCCUUUAAAGACUCUUUUAUGGUUCGUGUGGGUAAUAAACUUGUUCGCAAUAAGCCACCCACCCAGCCCUCUGCUAUGCGACCCAAGCAUUUGGUCCGCGGCGGGUUCCAGCCGCGCCUUCCGACUUCGCUGCCGCCCUCAGGGCAGCUGCAGCAGCCGUCGCCGCUACCACGCCGACAGCCCGUCCCGUUGAUGCCUCCCGCGCAGCUUCAUCCUGGAGCGCCCCAGGUGGUCACUCCGGCGCCUGCGGUCCCUCUUCCGUCGACACCGCCUUCGGAGCUGAUGGACGUCGACCCCUCAGCCGGGCCGCCUUCCCAAGCGGUGGCUGUGCAGCCUGUCGUGCAGCCGCUUUCCUUGGGCACCCCCAAGGAGUCUGACACCGCAGCGCCUUGUCCGGCGCCCACUCAGCAGCCGUCGACGCAGCGUCAGGAGACGCUGCCUCUCUUCGUGGGUCCCGACGCCCCGUCGCGUCCAGUACCAGAAGCUGCGCCCGUGGUCACAGAGUGCGGAGCAGACAGGUCGCAGAACGCCCCAAGGCUGCGGAAGGCGCGCUGGCUGCGGACGCGGGCGCGCAGCUUCUGCUUGGCUCGCAGGCGGAGCGAGAACUCAGCGAGGAAGACGGCGGCAGCGUGCCACGGCGCGGCCUUCCGCUAUUGA